AUGGCUAAAGCGCUGUUGGUUUCUCGGACAAGGAUGCGAAAAAAGACAGGACCCGGAGAUUGCUUAGUAUCCCACGUUCCUUUGGACCCCUUCCGUCAGUCAGGUAGCUUCACACAAGCUGUGAACGGCUGGCGGGGUUCCGAGAGUUCGGUCGAGCAGGUAUAUCAGCUCAAGGUUCCUGCAUUUAGGUCGGGAUUUGGAGCGUCACUGCCUGUCAGUCUACGAAAGCUCCAGUGCAGCUUCGACCUUAUGUAA